AUGGCGAAUACCUUUGGAGAUGUGUUCAGAAAAGCAAAGGCUCUCCGUGUUCUUCGUUUGUCUACUAUGUACUAUCCUGUCGAUCAUAUACUGCAUAACUUUUCCGUGCUUAUGCAUCUCCGCUACCUAAAGCUUGGGUCAGAGUAUGAUAAGAUAUCCCCACCGAGAUGUAUAUCUAGAUUCUAUAAGUUGAUUGUCCUUGUUCUGAAAGAUUGGAAAGGAAGUAUCAAUUUGCCUGUAGAUAUGAGCAACCUUGCAAGAUUGCGGCAUUUUAUUGUCUCACACGAUGAAACUCACUCAAAGAUUUGUGAGGUAGGAAAGCUGCAAACACUCCAAGAGUUAAGAAGAUUUGAAGUCAACAGAGAGAAAAGUGGUUUUGAAAUAAAACAGCUGGGACAUUUGAUACAGCUCAGUGGAUCACUUAGUAUCUGUAAUCUGGAGAAAAUGCAAGCGAAAGAAGCAGAUGAAGUGAAUCUGUUGUCAAAAAAUAGCUUAAAGAAGCUAACAUUAGAGUGGGAUGUUCAGCGAUCCCAGAAGGAACCUGACAAAGAACAACAUAUUCUUAACGUUCUUCGACCUCAUGACAAUCUCCAAGAGCUAUGCAUCAGAGGACAUGGAGGCCAUAGUUGCCCACCAUGGCUUGGUAGCAAACUUUCAGUAAAAAACCUACAAUCCCUUCAUCUUGACACCGUCAACUGGACUGUCUUCCCACCACUCGGGGAAUUUUGGCUCCCUAAAGAACCUGGUCAGGAAUAUCUUCGUUCUGUCCAAGGAAAAAGCUUUCAAAACUUGAAAACUCUAGAACUUGUUGGACUCACAAAAUUGGAAAAAUGGGUUCACAAUGACAAAUUUCUCCUGUUUUCCCUUUUAGAAACUUUCAUAAUUAGAGAUUGCCCAGAACUGGUAGAGUUACCAGUUUCUCAAUAUGCUAGUCAGAAAUUUAAGCAAGAUGUGAUGAUUGAUCUGUUUCCUAAGAUGCAAGAGGUCAGAAUUGCUGACUGCCCAAAAUUGGAAUCCCUACCACUUAUUCCAUGGACUGAUACUUUGCUCACUGUUGACAUGAAGAAUGUGGGUUCAAGUUUGGAAAAGUUAGUUUACUCCACUAAAAGUUCAUCAUCCAAACUAUUGUUGGAAAUCAAAGAAGAUCAUCAUCUGGAAUGCCUUGAUGAGAUGGUUGCCUUUCACAAUUUAAGUAAAAUACAUGAGUUGGAGGUCUCAAAAAGCCCACCUUUGAUGAAUAAACACCUUCACUGGUUAACGUCACUGAAAACACUCAAGAUAAGUGAAUCAAGUAUUACAUUGCCGCUACUGGGAGGGCCAGAUGAUGAGAAAGACACACUUGCUUUGGAACGCCUUGAGAUUAAGAACUGUAGUGCCAAUGGGAAGGAAUUGACCCAAUUUCUAUUGCAACUGCCUAAGCUCUCCUUCUUCAGGAUGUCUUCUUGUCAGAACGUAACUAGCAUGGGUGUAAUGGCGCUGCUGGCCACAGCUGAACCAACAUCAAUGCCAUCGUCUUCGACUUCAAGUAAUGAAACAGGAUCACAACUACAAAUAGAAGAAGUGGGUGAUGAAGGAGGGCUGCUGUUAUUCCCAAAACAUCUCACCAUUUCCCUGCGUGAAUUACGGAUUACCAUGAACCCAGGAUUGAGCCUGUUGGCUUCCCUUCCUCCUGAAAAUAACUCCAGGCCAGGAGGUCUUCACAAUCUGCACUCCCUGCAAACACUUUUCAUAAGAGGGUGCCCCAAACUUCUCUCAGCCUACUCCUCAUCCUCCUCUUAUUGUUUUCCGUUUCCAUCUACACUGGACAGCCUCAGAAUUGAGGAUGUUGAGGAUAUGCAUACGUUCGCGCCCCUCUCAAACCUGACUAGUCUCACCUAUUUAUUCGUAGAGAAUUGUAGGAAGGAUUUAAGAGGAGAAGGUUUAUGGACUUUCUUCACUCAAGGCUGCCUCACCCGUCUGUGCGUUUAUCGCAGUCCAAAUUUCUUCGACAAUUUGGUGCCUCAUCAACAAGAAGAGCUUCCUGCAUACUGCAAAAUUGAAAUGCUCCGGACAGAUGAUAUUGCAGGGGUCCUUGUGACACCUAUCUGCAGACUCUUUUCUUCUUCGCUUAAUGUUUUAGGCCUAUGUUCAAACAAAGAGAUUGUGAGCUUCACAAAAGAGCAAGAGAAAGCACUUGAACUCAUCACCUCCCUCCAGGACCUCUGCUUUUUUCACAAUGAGAAGCUGCAGUCUCUCCCUGCAGACCUUCGUGGACUGAACAAUCUAAGGAUAUUGGAAAUUCUGAGGUGCUCAGCCAUCAGGUCUCUGCCCAAGAAUGCCUUUCCAAAUUCUCUGCAGAAAAUAAAUGUUGAUCGUCGCUGCAGUGAGGAGCUACAACAUCACUGCAUUAUGUUGGAAGGGGUCACAGUAAAUAUAGACCGACCAGUUAACACAAAUUUAUAA